UCUGGCUCGAGGAUCGCGAGUGAGCUCAUCUCUCGCUGCGCGCGGCACCCGAGGUGCACGAAGCCAUCCACCAGGCCAGCUGGUCAAGAGAGGCCCUCCUUUGCGAUGCAGCCCGCUCUGACCAUGGCCCUUGCGCUGGGGGCCCUGCCGACGUCCCUGGCGCACUGCUGGUGGGGGUGCCACAACGGGGAGUACGAGGCGUGGUGGUCCUGGAGUUGCAGGUGCGAGGCGGGCUGGCAGGGUCAGUGCUGCGAAGCGCCUGUCUGCCAGGCCCUGGACGUCCAGGCGGACGUCGACCUCGACGAGUGGACCCGCGCGACGUGGUACAUCCAGGAGCAGCAGGUCACGGGGUAUCAGCCCGAAGAGAGCCUCUAUUGCGUUACUGCCACUUACGAGAGGGGCACCGACGCCUGGGUGCCCUUCUUCAGCGGCGAGGUGAUCGAGGUCUACAACCAGGCCAACGUGGGCGCCGUGAACGGCCCGCUGCAGAACGACGACGAGCAGACGCUGUGCGCUCGUCUUCAGGACGAGUCCGAGCCUGGCAAGCUCAGCGUUGCGCCGUGCUUCUUGCCCAACCUGCUCAGCGGACCAUAUUGGAUCAUCGCGAUAGGGAAAGAUGGGGCUGGCAAGUAUAACUGGGCUGUGGUCAUUGGUGGUGAGCCAACAGAGAAAUUCUCUGAUGGUUGCACGACGACGACUGCAGGCAUCAAUGGUGCCGGUUUGUGGCUAUUCAGCCGCACCCCAGUGGCAUCGGAAGAAGAGAUGACAAGCAUGAGAGCUGCAUUGACAGCACAGGGCAUCUCCACGUCACAAUUACGCCAGGUCGCCCAGACCGGUUGCACUUACAAUGGUGCGUACAUCAAGCCAUCGUGAGUUUGAGGCGAUUUCGGCAGAAUCACGGUGCAGAUCACGGCUUGCGUAUUCUCCUCAAUUUUCGCCGUUGCCGCCGUUCUUACAUUUCUCGCUACAGAGGCAGAUGAGGCCACAUCGGAAGACAGGGCGUGGCAUGUAAAGGCAUGCGUAAUCGCCAUCCUCACGUCCAGAACGUUGCUUCGCAGAGGCUAGCGCAGCCACUACAGAUGUGCAGGCGCGGUAUUCGAAUGCAUGCAGAAAGAAGCCCUCCGAGUCCGAGGCGUCUGCGCGCUCGGCUUUCCUACAGAGAAGGCGCUGAAGUACGGACCACUGUGGGCUCCGGGGGGCCUUCGGUUUCGCGGCCGUGCCCUGGGCCGAGGUCGGGG